GGCGAAAGCGGGUCCGUCGUUCUGAUUUGCACAUAUCCAAGUAUAUAUAGGUGGACGUGUAUAUCUGUGUAUACGAUCUGUAUCGGUAAGGCCGGGUCCGGGAGCGUAACUCCGGCACCCCGUGUGUGUGGGCUGAUUCGAGAUUCGAGAUCAUUUUCGCUGGAUGCCUCGGCGCGGGGCUGUCACCGUUCAGUUGUGCGCUGGCCGAGCAGAGAGUAACAUCCGGUCCACCGAUCCGAUCCGAUACGAUCCGAUCCACCGAUCUAUCGAUCCAUCGAUCCAACGAUACACCGAUCUAUCGAUCCAUCGAUCCAACGAUCCAACGAUCCGGCGAUCCCGUUACAUGGAUAGCUGAUCGACAGCUCCCGAUCCGUGAUCCGUGAAAUUGGGCAGUGUGCGUGCUCCGUUGCUUUUUUGUUUGGUGUUUACUGGUGUUUGCUGGUGUUUGCUGGUGUUUGCUGGUGCUGCUGCUCACAAGCUGCAAGUGGGGGAGAGAGAGAGAGAGAGAGAGAGAGAGAGAGAGAGGGAGGUAGAGGGAGAGGGAUACUGAUACUGAUACCGAGAGGAUCCCCUUCGCCCAUGGAGGUGCUCAAGAAGGAGGCCGCUCUGGGUUCGCCCAGCAGCGUCUUCUACUUCCUGCUGCUGCCCACUCUGGUGCUCUGGUACAUCUACUGGCGGCUCUCCCGGGCCCACCUGUACAGGCUGGCCGGUCGCCUGCCGGGCCCCAGGGGCCUGCCCAUCGUGGGCCACCUCUUCGACGUCAUCGGACCCGCUUCAUCUGUUUUCAAAACAGUGAUCCGGAAGAGCGCCCCGUUCGAGCAUAUAGCCAAGAUGUGGAUCGGGCCCAAGCUGGUGGUCUUCAUCUACGAUCCCCGGGACGUGGAGCUGCUGCUGAGCAGCCACGUCUACAUCGACAAGGCCUCCGAGUACAAGUUCUUCAAGCCCUGGCUGGGCGACGGACUGCUGAUCAGCACAGGUCAAAAAUGGCGGUCGCACCGCAAGCUGAUCGCACCCACAUUCCAUCUGAACGUCCUGAAGAGCUUCAUCGAGCUCUUCAACGAGAACUCGCGCAACGUGGUGGGGAAGCUGCGAGCGGAGGAUGGACGCACGUUUGAUUGCCAUGAUUACAUGAGCGAGGCAACCGUGGAGAUUCUAUUGGAGACGGCGAUGGGCGUGUCGAAGAAGACGCAGGACAAGUCGGGAUUCGAGUACGCGAUGGCCGUGAUGCGGAUGUGCGACAUCCUGCACGCCCGCCACCGCAGCAUCUUCCUGCGCAACGAGUUCGUGUUCACGCUGACCAGGUACUACAAGGAGCAGGGCCGCCUACUCAACAUCAUCCACGGGCUGACCACCAAGGUGAUCCGGAGCAAGAAGGCGGCCUUCGAGCAGGGCACCCGCGGAUCCCUCGCCCAAUGCGAGCUGAAGGCGGCCGCCUUGGAAAGGGAGCGCGAACAGGAGCGGGAAACCGGAAACGGCGGCGAGGAGGGGGCCACUCCGGUGGCGGGACUCUCCUACGGACAGUCGGCCGGACUGAAGGACGACCUGGACGUCGAGGACAACGACAUUGGCGAGAAGAAACGGCUGGCCUUUCUCGAUCUGAUGCUGGAGAGCGCCCAGAACGGAGCUCUGAUCACCGACACCGAAAUCAAGGAGCAGGUGGACACCAUCAUGUUCGAGGGGCACGACACCACGGCAGCCGGCUCCUCGUUCUUCCUCUCCCUGAUGGGCAUCCACCAGGACAUCCAGGACCGCGUGCUGGCCGAACUCGACUCCAUCUUCGGCGACUCGCAGCGACCGGCCACGUUUCAGGACACUCUGGAGAUGAAGUACCUGGAACGGUGUCUAAUGGAGACGCUGCGCAUGUACCCGCCCGUCCCGCUGAUCGCCCGCGAGCUGCAGGAGGACCUCAAGCUGAACUCGGGCAACUACGUGAUCCCCAGGGGCGCCACGGUGACGGUGGCCACCGUCCUGCUGCACCGCAACCCGAAGGUCUACGCCAACCCGAACGUCUUCGAUCCGGACAACUUCCUGCCGGAGCGGCAGGCCAACCGCCACUACUACGCCUUCGUCCCCUUCUCCGCGGGACCUCGCAGCUGUGUGGGGCGCAAGUACGCGAUGCUCAAGCUGAAGAUCCUUCUGUCGACCAUUUUACGGAACUACCGCGUCUACUCGGACCUGACCGAAGCGGACUUCAAGCUGCAGGCGGACAUCAUCCUGAAGCGGGAGGAGGGCUUCCGCGUGCGCCUGCAGCCGCGAACCAGAUGAACCAGGUGACCCCGACGAAUCUGGUGACCCCGACAAAGCAGGUGAACCGCGCAGAGGAACAAAAGAAAGGGAGGAACGGAGGAACGGAGGUCACCGUACACAAUAAGCUACACAGAACGGACACUUAUCCAUACAUAUAUCUCUACUUGUUGGCAAGUGAUAGUCACCGGUUUAUACAGUAAUAUUGAUAACAUUAAAUAAUAAACGUGCUCAAACACUCGAUUUAUUGAUUAGAAUAAUAACUAUUUUUUUGUCGCAUUUAACAUGAAAAGCAACCACAACUAUCGUCAUCUUCCUUAAACUGUUCUUUUUUUUUUUUGGUUGUUUUAUUAUUAUAAUACCUGUUUGUGUAAUAAUUUUGACAAUAAAUCUUUUGUGUAAUUGUA